AACAGUAUAGGACAGCAGAGGAGAUCAAAGAAAAGCAGAGGAGAGCAGAGGAGAGAAAAGAAGAGCAGAGGAGAAAAGAGGAGAGCAGAGGAGAAAAGAGGACAUCAAAGAAGAGCAGAGGAGAAAAUAGGAGAGCAAAGAAGAGCAGAGGAGAGAAGAGGAGAGGAGAGAAGAGAACAGUAUAGGAGAGCAGAGGAGACCAAAGAAAAGCAGAGGAGAGAAAAGAAGAGCAGAGGAGAAACGAGGAGAGCAGAGGAGAGAAAAGGACAUCAAAGAAGAGCAGAGGAGAGAAAAGAAGAACAGAGGAGAAACGAGGAGAGCAGAGGAGAGAAGAGAACAGUAUAGGAGAGCAGAGGAGACCAAAGAAAAGCAGAGGAGAGCAGAGGAGAGAAAAGAAGAGCAGAUGAGAAACAAGGAAAGCAGAGGAGAGAAGAGGACAUCAAAGAAGAGCAGAGGAGAAAAUAGGAGAGCAAAGAGAUGAGGAGAUCAAAGAAGAGCAGAGGAGAGAAGAGGAGAGAAGAGAAGGGAAGAGGACAUCAAAGAAGUGCAGAGGAGAAAAUAGGGGAGCAGAGGAGAUCAAAGGAGAGCAGAGAAGAGAAGAGGAGAGAAAAGAAGAGCAGAGGAGAAAAUAGGAGAGCAAAGGAGAAAAUAGGAGAGCAGAGGAGAUCAAAGAAGAGCAGGGGGGAAAAGAGGAAAGCAGAGGAGAGAAAAGGAGAGCAAAGGAGAUCAAAGAAGAGCAGGGGAAAAAAGAGGAAAGCAGAGGAGAGAAAAGGAGAGCAGAGGAGAAAAUAGGAGAGCAA